AUGGAGAGCGAACAGUGGAUAUCAAAGGCAAAGGUUUCGCCACAUCAGUCGACAAUUUCCCGUUGGUAUGGAGAAUUCAAACGUGGACGGGUGAGUCUUAGCGACGGUUCCAGGGUGGGUGCACCAAAAACAGCAGUCACCCAGGAAAACGUCGAUGCUGUGCGCAAACUCAUCAUUGAACAUAGACAUGUGACAUAUCGCGAUAUUGAGGCGUCCUUGAAGAUCUUCAAAAAAAUAAAAUUAGUUUCUCGAUUGACUGAAGAGCAGAAAACAGCCAGGGUUAAUUGGUGUAAAAGAACGUUUGACCGUUUCAAUUCCGGAAACUCAAAAAAUGUGUACAGCAUUGUUAGUGGUGAUGAAUCGUGGAUUUACUGUUAUGAACCAGAAAAUAAACGACAGUCGGCUGUUUGGAUGGUCUCGACAUUUGUGUCAAAAGCGGGUCAUAUUGUAGCAAUUCCUCUUAAUGAGCAAAGAACUUUGUUUGCCAAAUGUCGAAUAAUCAACCCCGAAAGACGAAUCAUCCUCCACCAAGACAAUGCAAGCUCGCACACAGCCCAAAAAACAAUGCAGUAUUUAACGGAAGAAAACGUGGAAUUAUUGGACCAACCUCCAUCUAGUCCAGAUCUAAGUCCUAACGAUUUAUUUACUUUCCCGAAAAUUAAAAACAUACUGCGUGGUCAAAGGUUCCAGUCACCAGAAGAAGCACUUGACGCAUUCAAAAAUGCCGUUUUGGAUCUGCCAGCAAACGAGUGGAAUAAGUGCUUCGAAAAUUGGUUCGAGCGCAUGCAGAUGUGUAUUAAUCUUCGUGGAGAAUACUACGAAAAACAAUAA